UGGAGAGAGCAGUUUGGGAAGAUGAUGUGGACACAUGUAGAAACUUAGAUCAACUGUUUCUCAGCCCCUUUCGUUGCAGCAAUUGAUAAAUAUCUAGAAUGGCUAAUAUUGCAACAAAGAGAGUCCAGAGGGAGUUUAGAGAGGUCGUCAACAGCGAAGAGGUCUUGAAGUGUAAAAUAGAGUUAGUUGACGAAACAUAUACGAGACUUCGUGGAGAAAUAGCUGGACCCCCGGACACCCCAUUCGAAGGUGGAAGCUACAAAUUGGAUAUUGUCAUCCCUGAAACAUAUCCGUUUAACCCACCAAAGGUAAAUUUUGUGACAAAGAUCUGGCAUCCAAAUAUAAGUUCUGUUACAGGAGCAAUAUGUCUGGACAUCUUGAAAGAUCAAUGGGCUGCAGCAAUGACACUACGUACUGUUUUACUGUCAAUACAGGCUUUGUUGUCUGCUGCAGAGCCUGAUGAUCCACAAGAUGCAGUUGUAGCAAAACAGUUUAAAGAAAACCCAGACAUUUACUGGAAAACAGCUAAGUACUGGGCAGAAGUGUACGCUGGAGCUCCUUCCUCGCAUGAUAUAGAUUAUGAACAGAAAAUCAAACGGUUAACUUCAAUGGGGUUUACUAAGAGUCAAAGUCUAGUGGCAUUGUCGACCCAUUCCUGGAAUUCAGAGAGAGCUGUCGAGUCUUUACUGAGUAGCUGACAAAUCUUUAUGUGUCAUUUUUCAUAGUACUUAGCUGAGUCCUGUAACCAUAGCAACUGUAUAUCCUCUUUACAGAGCUGACAUCAUGCUGUGAAAACUUCGAGCUUGAACAGGAGCACAGUCAUGUACAAUAGUUUAUUAAAUGUCAGAUCUGGUACUUAAUGAUCUGACUUGAUAUAAGAACAAUAGAAUUUGAACUCACUUAAGCCUGGUCUACACGAGCAAUUUUUAUGUGACAAUUUUUAUUUGACAAUUCUUAUUUGCUUGUGUAGACAAGGAAAAUUGGCGACUUUUUAUGUGAUAAAUAUAUUUGCUGAACAGCUGGCGUGUUAGCUUCUAUGUGACAAAUAAAAAGUUGUCACAUACGAAAAGAUUGCUUGUGUAGACAACUUGUCACAUAAAAUGCGGGAAAUAUGUUUGUAAGGCCACAUUUUUGGGGACUAAGCAGCCCCGCCUUGUUUCUGCGUAUCUCUGCUGUCUGAAGUCAUUACUGGCACACUAAACUUUAAAUUGUUGACAAAUAUUUGCUAUGCCAUCUGUAUGAUCAAAUCUAUUUGUCACAAAUAAAAUUGUCAGAUAAUAACUGCCUGUGUAGACCACGCUAUAUAUUGCUUUUGGUAUAUUUUAGAUAUAAUUUUUAACUCCAUGUCAAAAUACAACUUUCUACUUGUCUUUGUGUAUUAAUUUUCCUGUACUAUUAAAUGUUGUAGUCAGAAUUUGUUAAAAUGGAAAGGUCUUUGUUUGUUGA